AUGUCUCUGAGCGAGGUUGCUCUCGCGGUUUAUGGGGCAUAUCUGUUUUUUAAUUUUCGGAAAAAGAAACAGAAAGCUACUAAGCGAUUGUGUAGGCGUAGCUUUUUAGAAGAAGGAUAUAGAUAUGGACAUGAUCUCCUUAAAGAAAUAAAUCUAGACGAUAGCUCAGGUUUUAGAAAUUUUGUACGGAUGUCCAAAAGUGAUUUUGAAAUUCUAUUACAAAAAAUUGGUCCAUUAAUCGGAAAAAAAGAUACCAACUUCCGUGCAGCAAUUCCUACUUCUAUAAGAUUAGUCGUAACACUGAGAUAUUUAGCUACAGGGGAUUCAUUUACUAGUUUAAUAUAUACGUUCAAAAUAUCCAAACAAUUAAUUUCAAAAAUCGUACCUGAAGUAUGUGAAGCUCUUAUUUCUACUUUAAAGAAUUUCGUUAAGAUUCCUGCGACAGAAGAAGAAUGGGAAGAAAUAUCGCAUGGAUUCAACGCCAGAUGGAAUUUUCCACAUUGUAUAGGGGCAAUGGAUGGAAAGCAUGUGGAAAUUGUGGCACCCGAAAAUAGCGGCAGUUUGUUUUAUAAUUACAAAAGGACCUUUAGCGUUGUACUUCUUGUAGUAAUAGACUCAAACUAUAAUAUCAUUUAUGCAGAUGUUGGUUGUCAAGGGCGUAUUUCUGACGGUGGAGUUUUUCAUCACGCGAUAUUAAGCAAAAAAUUAGAAAAAAAAGAACUCGCUUUACCACGUGCAGUACCUUUAAUGGGAAGAACUAAACCUACUCCAUUUGUAUUAGUGGCAGAUGAUGCUUUUCCACUAUCAACAAAUCUAAUGAAAGCUUUCCCCGGCCAUCAUGAUAAAUGUAGUCCUGAACGAAUUUAUAAUUAUAGACUGUGCAGAGCACGUAGAAUCGUAGAGAAUGUAUUUGGCAUUCUCUCAUCUAAAUUUAGAGUCUUUUUAAAACCUAUAGCUUUAAGUCCCAAAAAAGUUGAAAUUGUUACAUUGACAUGUAUUUAUUUACAUAAUUUUUUGCGUAGAAACUCUAUUGCAAGAAAUUAUUAUUCACCACCGGGAACAUUUGACAGGGACAAUUUAGAAAAUGAUACAAUUUUAGCAGGGAGUUGGAGGGCAGAAAUGGAAAAUCGUAAUAAUUUUAUUGACUUACAACAUAUUGCUAGAAGAGCACAUAAUCAAGCACAUGAAAUUAGAAAAGAAUUCAUGCAAUAUUUCAUGACUCCAAUAGGUUCAGUUCCAUGGCAAAAUAAUUAUGUGUAA